CCUGAGGCUCGGGAUGGAGGCUGAACACUUCUUUUGCCUUAGUGUCUUGCCAUUCCUCUGAAGAACAGAAGCACAUCAUAAAACCCAACACUUCGCCUCGCAUUCUAUGAAAUUUCAGCAAAAUGGACAUACCAAAUCCCCCAACCUCCAAAUGUAUCACUUACUGGAAAAGAAAAGUGAAAUCUGAAUAUAUGCGACUUCGACAACUUAAGCGGCUUCAGGCAAAUAUGGGCGCAAAGGCUCUAUAUGUGGCAAAUUUUGCAAAGGUUCAAGAAAAAACACAGAUCCUCAAUGAAGAAUGGAAGAAGCUUCGUGUCCAACCUGUUCAGUCCAUGAAGCCUGUGAGUGGACAUCUUUUUCUCAAAAAGUGUACCAUAGACAGCAUUUUCCCAGGAUUUGCAAGCCAACAUAUGUUGAUGAGGUCUUUGAACACAGUUGCAUUGGUUCCCAUCAUGUAUUCCUGGUCCCCUCUCCAGCAGAACUUCAUGGUGGAAGAUGAGACAGUUUUGUGCAAUAUUCCCUACAUGGGAGAUGAGGUAAAAGAAGAAGAUGAGACAUUCAUUGAGGAGCUGAUCAAUAACUAUGAUGGGAAAGUCCAUGGUGAAGAAGAGAUGAUCCCUGGAUCUGUCCUGAUUAGCGAUGCUGUUUUCCUGGAGUUGGUUGAUGCCCUGAAUCAAUACUCAGAUGAGGAGGAGGAAGGGCACAAUGACGCCUCGGAUGGAAAGCAGGAUGACAGCAAAGAAGAUCUGCCAGUAACAAGAAAGAGAAAACGACAUGCUAUUGAGGGCAACAAAAAGAGUUCCAAGAAACAGUUCCCAAAUGACAUGAUCUUCAGUGCGAUUGCCUCAAUGUUCCCUGAGAAUGGUGUCCCAGAUGACAUGAAGGAGAGGUAUCGAGAGCUGACGGAGAUGUCAGACCCCAAUGCCCUUCCCCCUCAGUGCACACCCAACAUCGAUGGCCCCAAUGCCAAGUCUGUGCAGCGGGAGCAAUCUCUGCACUCCUUCCACACACUUUUUUGCCGGCGCUGCUUUAAAUACGACUGCUUCCUUCACCCUUUUCAUGCCACUCCUAAUGUAUAUAAACGCAAGAAUAAAGAAAUCAAGAUUGAACCAGAACCAUGUGGCACGGACUGCUUCCUUUUGCUGGAAGGAGCAAAGGAGUAUGCCAUGCUCCACAACCCCCGCUCCAAGUGCUCUGGUCGUCGCCGGAGAAGGCACCAUGUGGUCAGCGCUUCCUGCUCCAACACUUCAGCCUCUGCUAUGGCUGAGACUAAAGAAGGGGACAGUGACAGGGACACAGGCAAUGACUGGGCCUCCAGUUCUUCAGAGGCUAACUCUCGCUGUCAGACUCCCACAAAACAGAAGGCCAGUCCAGCCCCACCUCAGCUUUGUGUAGUGGAAGCUCCCUCAGAGCCUGUGGAGUGGACUGGGGCUGAAGAAUCUCUUUUUCGAGUUUUCCAUGGCACCUACUUCAACAACUUCUGUUCAAUUGCCAGGCUUCUGGGGACUAAGACGUGCAAGCAGGUCUUCCAGUUUGCCGUCAAGGAAUCACUUAUCCUGAAGCUGCCAACAGAUGAGCUCAUGAACCCAUCACAAAAGAAGAAAAGAAAGCACAGGUUGUGGGCUGCACAUUGCAGGAAAAUUCAACUAAAGAAAGAUAACUCAUCCACACAAGUGUACAACUACCAGCCCUGCGACCACCCAGACCGCCCCUGUGACAGCACCUGCCCCUGCAUCAUGACUCAGAAUUUCUGUGAGAAAUUCUGCCAGUGCAACCCAGACUGUCAAAAUCGUUUCCCGGGCUGUCGCUGUAAGACCCAGUGUAAUACCAAGCAGUGUCCUUGCUAUCUGGCAGUACGAGAGUGUGACCCUGACCUAUGUCUCACCUGUGGAGCCUCAGAGCACUGGGACUGCAAGGUGGUUUCCUGUAAAAACUGCAGCAUCCAGCGUGGCCUAAAGAAGCACCUGCUGCUGGCCCCCUCAGAUGUGGCCGGAUGGGGCACCUUCAUUAAGGAGUCUGUGCAGAAGAAUGAAUUCAUUUCUGAAUAUUGUGGUGAGCUCAUCUCUCAGGAUGAAGCUGAUCGACGAGGGAAGGUCUAUGACAAAUACAUGUCCAGCUUCCUCUUCAACCUCAACAACGAUUUUGUAGUGGAUGCUACCCGGAAAGGAAACAAAAUUCGAUUUGCAAACCAUUCAGUGAAUCCCAACUGUUAUGCCAAAGUGGUCAUGGUGAAUGGAGAUCAUCGGAUUGGCAUCUUUGCCAAGAGGGCAAUUCAAGCUGGCGAAGAACUCUUCUUUGAUUAUAGGUACAGCCAAGCUGAUGCCCUCAAGUACGUGGGGAUCGAGAGGGAGACCGAUGUCCUUUAGCCUCCUAGGCCACAUGCCAGCGCUUAUGGUAGCGGCACUGUCUUGGCUUUUAUGCACACAUCACUGCUGCUCAAGUUUCCUGCACCUGUGUCUCCCACACCGAGAACCCCCACCCAUUCCCUCUGUAGUGAGGCCUCAGCUGUGUCCAAUGGGCACAAAACUCCAUGAGAGGGGAGACAGCAGCAGUUAGGGCUUGGUGUCCCAGGACAGAGAGCUGCAGAAAUGGGAGAUUGCAUCUCAGGCCUCAGAGGAAGAGAGUACAGGCUGGGAUGUAUGACUUAUGCUUGACUUCUUGCCAGUCCCCCAGGCCAUGGGCCUCAGGAAUCAACUGAAGGCAGUUCCCAGGAAGCGUCAUCCUGGAAUUUUAGCUUUGCCAGUCAAGGGUCCUAAUGUAAUUGGGUGUCAGGUGUAUCUUUGUGGUCCUAAGACCUGGAGAGGACAGGCUAAUGAAGUUUGGUCCCUGGCUGAGAGGUGGGCUUGCGGACAGCACAGACUGAAUUCAGAGGGAGAUCGGUCGUCUUACUACCUCUUUCCUCAUGGCAGUGCUCAAGCUGAGAGAGUCUGGGUUCUAAGUACAGGUAUUCAAGGCUGGGGGAAGGAAAGCUAAGUGCCAUCCUUCCAUGGACAGAGAGGGAGAACCAGCCUGAUGACAGGAGUUAAACUGCUAAGCUUAGGCCUAGAGGCUUUGAGAAAGCCUUCUCUGUACAACUCGAAAUAGACGAAUAUGUGUGAUCAGAUUCCUGGGAGCAGAUGCCAGUGCCCCAGCUUCUUCCAAGGUUCUGGCUUAGCUGGGCUGGCUGAUUAGCUCAGUUGGUUAGAACGCAGCCUGAUAACACCAAGGUCAAGGGUUCAGAUCCCCAUACCAGCCAGCACACAUACACACAAAAAAACAAAGUUCUGGCUUAGCGACUGCAGGCAGGCAUUAUGCUGCUACUGAAGAAGCAUCGGGGGCUGUGCCUGGUUGGGUAUGAGUGCUGUGGUCUGCUAGAUUUGUAAUUGUUUUCAGGCCUUCCAUUCCUUGUAGAGGCUAGGCCCAAGGGGCUAGUGUUGUUCAUCUCUUCAGGGUAGAUGGGCCUGGACUGGAGAGGGGAAAGGUUGUUGGUGUGAUUUACUUUUCUGUCUGUAGCACCUGCUGCUUGGAAAGGAUAAGUUAGCAAUAUGUGUUUGGUGGUGGGUGAGGGGCUAAAUUGCACAUAUUUAGGAUGGCAUCAUACGUGCAGACUGGCAGAGGGUGUUUGAAAUAUUGAGAAGAAGCAGGAAGACCACCUAUCCCAGUCUGUGGUGCCAUUCUUUCUGGGAUUCAUACAGAGCAAAGCACUUUAUUUCUUUUAGAAGGUCUGUAGAUUGGGGUGGAGCUUGAGCUGAGGUUUGGGGUCCCUGCCCAAAUCCUACUCCUGAGGAAAGGUGAAGGAAGGGGGUUGGACGUAGAAGAUUCUCCUCCAGUUCUGUCUCAUUUCCUGAAGGAGGGAGGAGGAACUGGUUUGCCACAGAAGAAUUUACUAAGAAUGGGGCCAGCAAGAGCUGCCUGUGUCCAUGGCUAGUGUGCUUAGCUGCCAGGGAGCAAAGAGCACUGUGUAGGGCUGAGAGGACUUGUGCAGGCAGACUUGCCUAGGGUCCUAGAAUAUGGAGCAGGCUUCUUCCUUCAUUCUGGGGAAUCAAAGCCUCUCCUCCCCUGGUCUAUUCCGACCUCUCCCUUCCACCCCACUGGGUGUCCUAUGAAGGAAGAAGUGGGAUUCCCUCUAGCCAGGCUGCCUCUUAGGGAUUUGUGUGGGACUCUCACACACACACACUCGCUCUCACUCAUCCCACUGGCGGGCACACAUGCACCUGCACCCAGCACACACCCAGCCAGCUCCUGACAGAAGCCUCUUCCCACCUGAUUGGGCCAGUCCCAACAUGGUUCUAAAACAUCUGCUGUGGUUUGUAUUCAUUAGGUAGAUUGGGGAUAGACUCAACCUGGACUGUGUGCUCUGAAUUACUCAUAAAUUAUAGGGGAACCAGAGACAGAUGAAGGAGUUAGGUCUUUCUGAAAUGUCAGGGGCUAGCCAUGAGGAAUAGGAGAAAAACAAAAUUUUUUCCAGUCUUUGAGAGGCUAGACUGACCCCACCCUUCCCUCAGUGAGCGGAAUCACUGUGGUCGAUACUUCCUUCCCCAAUUUUAGACCACUGAUACUCCUGUCCCUCCAGCGUUUCCAUUCUUUGUCCCUGCUGUCCCUCUCCUUUAAUGACGGGUCUCAACCCCUCACCCCCACACGUAAUGAUGGAUGGAGCAUGGCGGUGGGAACUGGGGGGAGGCUGGUAUACCUGCGGCUUUAUUGCCAGUGAAUUUCACGCACUUUAAAGUCCCGUGGCUUGUGACCUCUUUUCUGAAUAAAGUGUUAGAAUCCA